GGAGAGGCUAGCUAACAUUUGCACUUUAGCAAGUAACAUUCUUCACAGAUGGAGACGAGGGUUACUUUGUGGCUAUUAUUGUUGUUGUGCUCUGUUAUGUGCUUUGGCACUAGUGUUGUACAAGGCAACCCGAAUUACAAAGAUGCUCUUGCGAAGUCCAUAUUGUUCUUCCAAGGCCAGAGGUCGGGGAGGCUCCCCACCAACCAGCUGCUAAGUUGGAGGUCCACCUCUGGCCUUUCAGAUGGUGCCCUUGCCCAUGUGGAUUUGACAGGAGGAUACUAUGAUGCUGGAGACAAUGUGAAGUUCAACUUCCCCAUGGCCUACACCACCACCAUGCUCUCUUGGAGCACCCUCGAGUACGGCAAGCGCAUGGGGGCUCAGCUCCCCAACGCAAGAGCCGCGAUCCGCUGGGCCACGGACUACCUCCUCAAGUGCGCGACGGCGACCCCCGGAAAGCUCUACGUGGGAGUCGGCGACCCCAACGUGGACCACAAGUGCUGGGAGCGGCCGGAGGACAUGGACACUGUCCGGUCCGUUUACUCAGUCUCCCCCAGCAACCCGGGCUCCGAUGUUGCAGGCGAGACUGCAGCCGCCCUCGCCGCUGCCUCCUUGGUCUUCCGGGUGGCCGACCCCAAGUACUCGAAGUUGUUGCUCAAGACGGCGAAGCAGGUGAUGCAGUUCGCUAUACAAUACCGCGGUGCAUACAGUGAUUCCCUCGGUUCCGCCGUUUGCCCAUUUUACUGUUCGUACUCGGGAUAUGAGGAUGAACUGCUGUGGGGAGCUGCAUGGCUUUAUAGAGCAACGAAUGAUGUGUACUAUGCCAAUUUCUUGAAAUCUUUGGGGGAUAAUGAUGCCACGGACAUUUUCAGCUGGGACAACAAGCUCGCCGGCGCUCGAGUUCUUCUUUCGAGGAAUGCGUUGUUGAACAAAGACGGUAGCUAUGACCAGUUCAGACAACAAGCGGAAGAUUUCAUGUGCAGGAUUCUCCCCAAUUCUCCUUCUUCCACCACACAGUACACUCCAGGUGGGCUCAUGUUCAAGCUGAGCGAAAGCAAUCUCCAGUACGUCACGUCCAUAACGUUCCUGCUUGCAACCUACUCUAAGUACAUGGCCUCAGCAAAACACACCUUCAGUUGCGGCAACAUGCUCAUCACCCCUAGCACUUUAAAGUACCUUGCCAAGAAGCAGGUCUCUCAAACUCCAACUCUCUCGCACUUAUCUCUCUCUUUCUCUCUCCCUCUCUCUCAACCCCAGAAAUUGCAGGUUGACUACAUUCUGGGGGUGAACCCUCUGAAGAUGUCAUACAUGGUGGGAUAUGGAACCACAUUCCCCAGGAGAAUUCACCACAGAGGAUCAUCCCUGCCUUCCCUGGUGAGCCACCCGCAGGCGAUAGGCUGUCAAGGUGGCUUCCAACCAUUCUACUACACAUCAAGCCCGAACCCCAACAUCCUCACCGGAGCCAUCGUCGGGGGUCCAGACCAGAACGAUGCUUUCUCAGAUGACCGGACCGACUACAGCCACUCCGAGCCUGCAACGUACAUCAACGGGGCCAUCGUUGGACCUCUGGCGUACUUUGCAGCAUCAUACUCAACUUGAAUGAAAGAAUUUGCAUCUCAAUGCUUACAAAGUUCAUAAACUUUGAAUAGGCCAGCGUUGACGAUUAUGAACUACCUAGCUAGGAGGGAUCUAUACUGCCAACCAAGUGUAAAUGAAGAUCCCUUGGUCUUAGCUUGAUUCACUAAUCUGAAGUUAAUAAUCAGUGUGUCUUGUUCUGUUUUCUUAAUUUCAUAAUUACAGGAUUCGUUUGACAUAUUCCAUCAAAAAAUAUUAAAAAACACCGCAAA